AUGAUAUUAAAAGUGGACAAACUGACCUUGAACGACUUAAGAGAUCUAUGCCAGUCCUGUGGUCUGGAUACUCAUGGUAACAAAGAAGAGUUGGGGGAUAGGUUGAGCACACUUUUCUGUGAAAGAAAUAAUGUCUCACCUGCCCCUGGUUAUAAUAACCUAAAUGAAAAUGAUGGGGUUUUAGAAAUUACAGAAGACUCUGGACCUGCUUUUAGUGACCCAGGAGUUAUGCGAUGUGAUAGUGGUAAAACCCUGGAUAUGAGUGAUAUCGGCUCUGAAACUGAGCUGCCCCCUGGUAAUGGCCCUAAAUUAGGGGAAUCGGUUGGGAAUAACACUGGGUUUCCUAGUUCUUUUAAAGGAAAAGGGAAAACUCGUGAUGUGACAAAGAAUGAAAAUCCUGUUCCACAGGACAGUAAUGAGUUCUGCUCCAUUAGAGAGGAGAUUGAGUCACGUGCAGUUAUGUUGCGCCUUGCAAAUGAUAAGGGUUGGAAAGUUGCGUUGCAGGUAGUAGGCUGUAAUGACAAAAUGAUGCAAAAGUAUAAGGAUCAGAUUGGUACGGCAACCCGAAUGUGGGUGUCACAAACUAACCUUUGGAGAUAUACUAAAAGAUCCAAUAAGAAAACAAAAAGAAAGUACACUGACUCGUCAUCUUCUGAAUCAGAAGAUAGAGGUUUUAAAUCUCAAAGCUCCUCGGACCUGGUCACAUGUUACAACUGCGGGGGAGUUGGUCAUAUAUCCCCAAACUGCCCUCGACUAAUGCAAAAGAAUUGCCAUCUAGACCAAGAUCCAAACAAGACAAUUGACUACACUCAGGUGCAGAAGCAAGAAAUGACAAUGUUACAAAAGAGUGUAGUCGAAUCAGUAGUAGGAAAGAUACACACCUCAGUAGCCCUAAACUAUUGGCGCAUAAAAAUAAAACCUUCCCCUAUAAUAUUAGAUUGGUUAGAAAAUGGUGUGCCUCUUUGGCCAAGAGGAGUUUUACCAUUAGCAAUAAGCCCAGACCCCAAGCAAUAUCCUCUAACAACAGAACAGUCAGAUUGGAUCAACCAUUCCUGGGUAGAUAUCCAUAUAGACAAUCGUGUAGCUCUAAGUAUGGUCACCAAAGGUGGAAAACUGCCUUGGCAGAAGGAAGUACUCCGGGAACUUUGGGAGUUACUAGACAAACACGAUAUUUGGAUAAACGAAACCUUUUGGGUUCCUUCUCUAGAAAACCCUGCAGACAAUUUAACUCGGGUCUUAGACCCUUCCGACUGGAAGCUUUCUCAAAGGGUAUUUACCAUAUUAGAGAAAAAAUGGGGCCCGCAUACAAUAGAUCCAUAUAGUUCAAGAGGGUUCCACAGCAACUGUCAUCAUUCCAAAGUGGCACUCCGCAGAAUGGUGGCCGAUAUUAAUGCACCAUCUAACCGAUUACAUGGACAUGCCUCCACCUUGGAUAACCUUCGAAAAAGGGGCUUCAGGGCAGGUAGAACCAUUAAGAAACCUGAAAUGGCAAUUCAUGGCAGCCAGAAUAAAUUAGUAGCGGCAUUGUUGGAAAAAGCACAUUGUUUGAUUAGAAAGGCUUGCUCUAAAAAUUGGAACAUCCGCCUUGAUAGAGCUUGGAAAACCUUUGUUAAUUUUUGUAAAAUCACAGGUCAAAAUGCCUUUCCGUCUUCAGAAAAAACUCUCCUAUCAUGCCUAAUUUGGCUUGACUUAACUGAUGCUAUUUCAAACUGUUCUGAUAUAUUAGCAGCAGUGUCAAGGGAGCAUUUAGAGUCAUCUUUACCAGAUCCCUCAAAAACAUAUAAUGUAAGGAAAGCAUAUAAGGCACUCAUGAAAGAAUCACGUAAAGAGCAUGAACCAGAAUGGCCACGUGAUCCUUUGCCUAUUUUUGCAUUGCACCAGUUUGUUACAAAUAAACCGCUGUAUAUGGAUGAAACUAUGUGGAUACGUGAUGCAACUCUCAUUGCAAUUGGUCUAAGAACUAUGCGUCGCCCCUCAGAAUUGUGCAAAAUGAAGUUAAAUGAUAUUAGACUUU